GUUUAAACAAAAAACCCCAAUAUUUUUGAACGGGCAGCCAUUUUCCAUUAUUUAAACUUGCGGCUUGUCUCCUGCCGCCAUUAUCUUUCCUUUUUCUCUUGUCUACAGCAACAAUCCACCAUAUUUUACAUUUACACUGUAUUUUUUUUCUACUCUACAUUUUUUGCACACUCGACGGUUUAUCGACUGGACUCGGUUUUCGUCCACACGCUUCAGCUUACAAACACUUGUUUUUCAUCAGCAUACUGGAUAUGCGCACUAGCAUUCUCGCUUUUCUCGUUGCAACCGUAGCUGUGCAGGUAACAGUUGGUCUUCCUGCCAUCCGCCCAAAUUUACAUCGUCAAAAGAGAGACCUCGCUCUCCGUGAAGCCAAUGCCAAUAGGCUUCUCCCCCGGGUCAUUGGCGGCGUUGAGGUACCAGACAAUGAGUACAGUUUUGUUGCAUUUGUUCAUAUGAAUAGUGAAGAGUAUGGCGAGGGAGGCUGCACAGGAACGCUGCUUUCUCCAAACAUUGUCAUCACCGCUGCUCACUGUGUUUGCAUCUCGGAUGACUUGCAGUAUAACCCAUCCGAGGUACAAAUAACCUUUUCGCACAAAUCACCUUAUAUUGAUGAUUCACUUGUUGGUUACAAUGUUUCCCAAUUUAUUGUACAUCCUGACUAUAAAACUAGCGUUUUUGGGGUUGCUGAUAUUGCUUUACUCAUCCUCAAUACAACUGUCCCCGAGACUGUAGCCACCACGGUAAAACUGUAUAAUGGUGACUGGGACUUGGAUACACCAUUUGAAAAUUCUGGAUUUGGUCUUAUUGAUCCGCUGAACUAUACUGUAGUUACAGAGACGUUGAUGAAAACAGAUUUGAAGGCGGGCGACCCAGAAUACUGCAAAGAACUAUUUCAUGAGUAUGACCCUGCCACACUCAUUUGCACUGAGGCUAGGGAGGGAAAAGACAUGUGCUAUGGUGAUAGCGGCGGCCCGCUGAUGACACCUGUUGAUAACGGCUCAGAUGCAUAUGCUCAAAUUGGAAUUGCCAGCUUUUUGAGUGCAAAUUACACUAAUCCUUUUAUUAUAUGUGGUACUCUUGAUUCAGAGUCAUAUUUUACCCGUGUGGAACCAUAUCUUGGAUGGAUUGUGGAGGCUUCGGGCUUGAAUAUGACCGAAAUAACAGCGAGUAACACAACUAGUGCUAAAUAAUCUAAGGCAACAAACGUUUCUUCUUAAUUUUAGUAACUAUCGGACUCUGCUGAGGAGAUGCAAACAAGAUGUAUAAAAUACACUUUGCUAAAUAAAGUAACAAUCCAAGAGCUCAGCACGUUGCCGUUUUACAUCAUAGAAUGUAUUGACCAAAAUGCAGUUGCACAUUA